AUGGACGAUCCGAACGUGGAGAAAAGGGUCAAAAAAUUCGUGAAAAUGAGAGAAUACGGACUAACAGCAAACGAAUUUGUACGCAUAAUCCGUACACGUACAGAUCGUGUAGAAGAUACUUGUUCAGAGUGCGAGGCUCGAGGUGGCGAGGCCAUUGGAUUGCAAUGUCACUUCAAACCAGACGUUUACAUGCUGUCAGUACUGCUCACAUUCGGAACAUUUGCCUUAGCUUAUGGUCUUAAUAAUUUUCGACACUCAAGGUUUUUUGGAUCUACCUUUCGCAACGCCCUCAGCGACUUUGGAGUUGUCAUCGCCAUUGUUGUUAUGACAGCAUUCUCACUAGCAAUUGGUUUGGAUGUUCCCAGCCUUCAUGUUCCUCAACAAAUUAGG